AGAAUGUGUAGCUUAACCUUUUGUUAACAGACAUUUAGUUCUAAAUAUAAUUGUGAAAAAUCUAAAUUUGAGCACAAAGACAUAAUGAGUGGUUAAUAUUGUGGUGAACAGUGAACAGUGAAACAGUUCUGCAAUCUUGUAAUGUCCUCAUUUCCUCUAGCACCAUCAGUAUGCCAAAGUUUGUGGUGUAUUUCUAAAUCAUGCACAGCUAGUUAAUGACACAAAGAAUAAAAAAUAUGAUGACAAAUUAUGCAUAUCCAUCAGUACUCUAAUCUCAAAUCGGACCCCGUGGAAAUAGUCCACAGAGUGCUUUUGUUACAUGGCAUAGCCACAUUAUAAUGCCUUUAUAAUAAACAAACCACUUCACAUUGCCAAUUAUAUUGAAAAAAAGAAGUGCUGGAAGUGCUGUUUGAUUGUAAAUGAUUAAAGAGACUUGUCAUUCAAUUAAGAUUUCAAAGUUUUGUUGUAUGAUACUGUGAUGCCUUAAUGGUCUUAAUAUGUUGAUGUUGUAGGCCUAUGUGUAACAUUUUCUAAGCCUACAAUAUAAAACUUGACAUCAGUGUAUCAAUCACUACUGUCCACAAGAGGGCAUUAUUCACCCAUUUUAAACCAGUCAUGUUCAGUAGCACUUUUGUACUGUAUUGAAAGCUCAUCUGCAUUGCAAAGCAAAAUACACAACAUCAACUGUACCUGUCUGUCUAUAGACUAGCUACUCUGAUAUGCUACUUUAAUUGCACACAUUUCUAGAUCGGAGUUCUGUCAAGGAAUGCAACUUCAUAAGGAGGACCAUGUCCAGAAAACAAGUUGUGGCCCUGCAAGUGUUGCCAUUCUUUCAUUGAUUUAAUUUGUAAAUAAAUUCACGUGUUGACUUGAAAUCUUAUGUUUCACCCCAAAACUUUUCAAUUUGUGUUGACUGUUACGGUAAAGAACACCCAGUGAAUCCACCCUUGGGAGUCCAUGUCACAGAGACCGGGAGGCAUCCUGCCUCGCUCACCCUCUCAUAGGCUUGACCACAUAAUCACUGGCCUUGCAGCCUUAGCCUGCGCCCUCUCCGUGUCACCACCCUUCAGCGUCUGGAUAAAAGCUGGGCGCAGGGUGGGGGGAACCUCUCACUGGGAUUUCUGCUGGAAGGGAACGCAGAGGGGCACAGGGCUUUCCGUAGUAGCAUCUGCAUUGUGAACCAGGACACCCCCUCAACAAAACGAAACACACACACACACACACACACACGAACACACAGCAGGAUGGACGCCACUUACUACUCCUCCGACUGCACCCCGCUGACCAGCUGCAAGUCCGCCCGCAAGCCGGCAGGCUCCACGGCGGUGAACAUGGGUCAUGCUCCGAAGAGGCCCCCUAAGGACUACUUGCUCUGGUCUCUGUGCAACACCCUGUAUGUCAACUUCUGCUGCCUGGGCUUCAUGGCACUCAUCUACUCCAUCAAGGCCCGGGACCAGAAGACCCUGGGAGACCUGCGGGCCGCACAGGAGUGCUCAGACAAGGCCAAGUGGUACAACAUCCUGGCCUCGGGCUGGAACCUGCUGCUGCCCCUGCUCCUCCUGGGCCUGGUGGUGCUUCUGCUGGUGCACCUGGGCACCUCUGAGGGCUCCUUUGACUUCUUCGGAGAGGACGGCUUCCAGACCUUCAUGAACCUCUUCAGCUUCAACUCGUGAGGUAGAUCGAGACAGACAGAUUUGCAGACGGUAGCACUCAUGAACCAACCAAGCCUCCUCCUCACAAUGGACACCUGCCCCUUCCACCAACAUCUACAUUUCUUUGAAGUGUAACUCCUUAUCCUUAGUUUCCUCAAAGUAACUUGAGUAUUACUUGACUUAUUAUUGUAUUAUUAUUUUGUAUUAAGAUUACUAAUAGCCUUUGGUAGAGCCUGAUGAUUUUCUUCACUCUCCUUUUGUGAAAAAAAUGUGAUCUGUGUGAAAUAAAAUAUUUAAUAAUUAUAUGAGAAUGAUAUAGUUUGGCUUUGCUUUAAUGUUCAAUUGCAAUUGGGCAAAAAGGUGAGCUGUUCCAGCCAAUCAAAUAACAUAUAGACUACAUGGACAAAAAGCUUGUUUUGGCUCUGUUCAGCCAUAUGUGUGAACAUAACUGGAUGAAAGGGCAUUUUGCACAGGGGACAUCACAGAUCACGGACAUUUAUUUAAUGGUCACUCGGGGGAAAUGGUCAUGCCAGCCUUUUCUCUCCUAGAGAAAUACUUUUGGAUUUCUUGCUCUCUCUCUCUCUGGUUUGGGUGACAAGUUCUUGCUCUAAAACUGCCACGUUGUAAGCUACUGUUCAAAAAUCCUUUUCCAUUCGUAACAGUGUACGUCAAUGUAAACAUUGCCUUGACUACGGGGAAAGACAUCCAGAAAUACCUCCAGAAACAUGUCUGAGGGACCUGGCUGGGUUUGUGCGUCACAAGUUUGACUAUGUUUUCCGAAAGUUGGCCUAAUUGCCCACUUUUCUCUUUUCGAAAAAAAGACUGUUGUAUUUUUUUUGUUGUUUUUUGGCGAGAUGUUUAGCUAGUUUUCUCGUGUGCUGAAUCAGCACUACCAACAUGGCCACAGCAUGUGUGGGCACUGACGGAGGAGAAAAAAACGCUCCAAGGGUAUACAGCCAGACAACUAACACUUCUCAUGAACAAGACACUGGCAGCCUACUCCUUCCAGUUCAUCCUCCAGUCUCCCCAUGUACAUCAUCAGAGAAGCUGAGGAGGUUGAGGAACACAUGUAGCCCACUCCCCCCCCCCCAGCCUAGUCUCUCUUGUCUUUAAUAUUGACUCUCUGGAGUCACUCCCUGCAUCCCACCCUUCAUGGCACUGGCUAUAUUAGUGGCCACUGUUCAGCACGCUGCGAUAUUUAUAUGUGUCCAAAUGACAGGCUCGUCUGCCAACUUUCUAUUUUCUCCCACAUAAGAGAGCGGUUGCAGAUGUGGAGCGGAGGGUAGAUUACAGAGGAGCCCAGAUGCAGGGCUUUGAAACGGAGAGGGAGUGGCCUCUCCCACUGUAAGCGACAGCCACAGCGGUGGAUGGUGCCUGGCGAGCUUAUUACACACUACAUCCUAGACGCCACACACACACACACACACACACACACACACACACACACACACACACACACACACACAUACACACACUCAGAGAGAGAGAGAACUCAUCCUUUCAGGUGGCUCAUCCUAAAGUGGCUUCAUAGGGAAUUAAGUGUUUUGAGUGUGUUUCUGCAUUGCUGAUUGCUAAAAGCCAUAUUUAGUGUCAGCAUUUUGAAUUGGUUAGAUGAUUUUUGUUUUGAUUAAUGAAGCAAUAAAGAGGUAAUAAAAUAAUGCAAUAAAUGUCAAUGGAACUGAUAGAAAGCUGCAAGUUGUAUUCACUAUUUAAUAACAUGUUUAAAUAUAAUUUUCACAUUUUCCGAUUCAUAAAUUAUUUCUUUUAACUUUUCUCUAAAAAUAUACCUGCAAAGUG